GACGCGCGUCCUCAUCCUCCCGCGCGCUCCUUGACAGCUCCAUAACAUUGCGCUCGCCGGAGGGAGGCUGCAACUUUGUUCCGUCCGCCUGGAGUUCACCUCUGCUGCGGCUGCGACCUGGAGGAGACAUGAGCUCCCGGGAGACUUUCCCCGACUUGGACUGCAGCUCGUCCGAGGAGGAGGCGAGCCGCGCGGAGCGGCCGAAGCGCACGACGGAGCGGCCGGAGCGCACGACGGAGCGCACGACGGAGCGCACGCCGUCUCCAGCGGCGCGUCGGCAUCACCCGUUCAGCGUCGAGGCGCUGAUGUCCGGGAGGAAAACGGACGCCUCCGCCGCUCAGGCGAAGGCGCCGCCCGCGGCUUUGAACUCUUUCUGCCGGCAGAUGCGCACGAGCCCGGGGAGCGCGCCCUCGUCGCCGAUCAAAUCGGAGGCGUCGGAGCCGGAGGACUGCGCGCCGUGGGUCAACGCCGCGUUCUCCACGCACGCUCGUCACAUCACCCCUGCCUGUCAGCUAAGGAAACACAAGACCAACAGGAAGCCUCGCACCCCCUUCACCACCGCGCAGCUCCUGGCUCUGGAGAGGAAGUUCAGGCAGAAGCAGUACCUGUCGAUCGCCGAGCGGGCCGAGUUCUCCUCCUCCCUGACGCUGACGGAGACCCAGGUGAAGAUCUGGUUCCAGAACCGGCGGGCCAAAGCCAAGCGGCUGCAGGAGGCCGAGCUGGAGAAGCUCAAGAUGGCGGCGGACGCCAAGACGGCGGCGGCGGCGGCGGCGGCGGCGCUGCCUCCGGGCCUCACGUUGCCCACGCUGUCGCUGAGCAGCAUGUCUCUGUACGGACAGUCCUUCUCUGCCUUCCACCAGCACCACAGCCGGCCGCUGCUGCCCAUCUCGCCCCUGGGACUGUACGCUCGUCCUCUGGGCUACAGCAUGUACCAUCUAUCAUAGACGUGGAGAUCGGACUCCCCAAAAGCUGUACGUAAAUGACCCUAACGAGGAGUUCACACCAAGUUUACACAACGCGUCUUCAGGAGGAGCGCUGUUGCCUCCAGCUGCCUAUUCUUUCCCAUCGCUUGGGCAAUAACUGACCCGGCGAGGACUAAUUAAGACUGUGACUGGUCACGGAAGCCUCAUCAGAUACAGUGCCUCACAUUGAAAUAAGCCUUAAAUGUUAAUGUGUGGGUUUCAGCAACUCAGGCUAAAUAAAAGCAUAUCUCUGAAGCUCCA